AACCCGGAAGUGGUAUUUGGGGCGGGACUAGGUGUGCACCGCGGCCGGUGGGGCUUGACUGUGAGAGGUUCAAGUAUGCGGAGAUCACUUGCUUUGGGGAAAGUCAGCCACUGUAUCAGAACACUGAAGCAACCCCAUGGAGAGGUCCACGUGGUGGGGACAGGCCUCCUUCCAGCCCUCAGGAUGAGUCAUCUGGGGAGCAGAUUCUCCAGGAUCAGUCAGGAGUCCAAACAUUACUGAAAUUAUAACACCAUUCAUUAAGUGUGCUGUUAUAGUGCUUCAUAUUUUUCAAACUUGGUACUUCUAAGGAAUAUUAUACAUUCUCACCAGUGACUGUGGAGUGAUACUUAACUGAGGACAGAGGACUAAUCACAUGGACUGGAAAUUGGAAGGGAGCACUCAGAGAACAGAGUCCCUACUGCUGCAGGGACAGGAAGGCAUCAUAGAGGAUGAAGAUGGACUCUCUGAAAGCUUCCAGCUUCUGCAGAUUGAUGUGGAAUGUGAGCAGCCAGAGAGCAAGACCCUUCCCACAGGCAGUGCACCAUGGUGCUCAAAAAAUGUCCAAAGAAAACAGAGACACUGGGAAAGGAUAGUUGCAGCAAAGAAGAGUGGAAGAAAGCAAGAAAAAGAAAGAAAAAAAGCCAAUCGUUCAGAAAAUUCCGGCAUCUGCACCCAGCAUAGCAAACGUUUUCUGAGAGCCUUAACCAAAGAGAAACUUCUGGAGGCCAAACACUCAGGACCAAGACUGUGUAUCGAUUUGAGUAUGACCCACCACAUGUCGAAGAAGGAAAUGAGUAGGCUGGCUGGGCAGAUCCGAAGGUUGUAUGGUUCAAACAAAAAAGCUGACAAACCCUUUUGGAUCUGCCUCACUGGAUUCACAAUUGAUAGUCCCCUCUACGAAGAAUGUUUGAGGAUGAAUGAUGGGUUUUCUAGUUACCUGCUAGACAUAGUGGAAGAAGACUGCUUUAGUUUAUUUCCUCUGGAAACCCUUGUGUAUCUGACUCCUGACUCAGAACAUGCUCUUGAAGAUGUUGUUCUAAACAGAGUAUAUGUUCUUGGUGGACUUGUGGAUGAAAGCAUUCAGAAGAAAGUGACAUUUCAAAAGGCCCAGGAACACUCUGUCAAGACAGCCCGUUUGCCAAUCCAGGAAUAUAUGGUCAGACGCCAGAAUGAGAAAAACUAUCAUUCAGAGAUACUGGCCAUCAAUCAAGUAUUUGAUAUCCUGUCCACUUACUUUGAUACUCACAACUGGCCCAAAGCAUUGAAGAAAGGAGUUUCUCCAGGAAAAGGCUAUGUCCUUCAGAAUUCAGAGGAAUGACAGUAGCCUGAGAUGUCUUCAUCAAAGAACAGGGCAAAACGCAGCAGUGGCACACAACUUGCCUCUGCUUGACUCUCUUUGGCUCUUUAUAGUAUAAGCUACUGAUGGCAAGGAUCAUAUUUUAUGCUUUUGUAUCACCUAUAGUGCCUGGCUCACAGGAGGUGCCCUGAUUAAUGUUAAGUUUACCUAAUAAGGAAUUAGCCCUAAAACUACAUGGCUUUGGAUAUGUUAAUUCAUCUUUUAUAUCUAUUUGUGAAAGACUUGCUUUAGAUUAAUAAUUAAAUAUUAUGUCAAGCUUAAUUUUCACUAAACUGGUAUGAAGUUUUAUAACGUUUCCUCCUCUGAACAUGCUGAUUUUUUUGGUACCGGGGAUCGAACUCGGGACCUUGUGCCUGCAAGGCAGGCGGCAGAACCACUGAGCUAAAUCCCCGGCCCAAUGCUGAUUUUUUCACUGUGACAUGCUGCACAUAAGCUUUGGAGGAUCAGCUUGGCCUAUCCCUCUUUCAAGCCCUCAUAGCAUUUUGUUCCCUCCUGUGGCUCUUACCCUGUUUUCCUUGAGUAUGGGCAUGCAAGGCUUCUCUUCCAGUGUGUGAAUAGCUUUGGAUCCUUCUGAGCUUGUACACAUGAGAUUAUUCAUAUAUAUUAGUAAUUAACAGAGCAAACUGAAAGUUGUUGCAUUCUGACAUGUAAGCUUACCAGAUAAUCUACCUCUUACUGUACAAACAUCAUUAGACUUUUCUUGAAUCUUAGAUAUAACUGCUUCAGUUACUUUUACUAGUUUGAGUUAGUUGACUUGCUGGUUAAGGUACUAGAAAAUUCAGGAAAUGCAUUCUACAUCUCAGAAGAACCAAAAAGUUACUUCUUUGCUUCACCCCCAUUCCUUUACCAUUUAAUCCCUUGGGAACUACGCUCACUUGAUAAAUUGUAUCAAUGUGUUUUCAUUAUUUAAAAACAAGCCAAUUUUCAGAAAACAUCUUUUUGAACAUACAGUAUAAUGCUUCUUGGUCACUUUCAACAUAUUGAAUGAGUCUAUAAUCUAUUUCAUCCCAAAAGGAGUAUCUAUGGAUAGGCUUCAGGGGGGUCUGUAACUUACAUUCUGAGGUCUAUGACCCCAAAACCAUGGAACUUUUCUCAUCUGCCAGUCUUCAUUUUUACUUAUAAAGGCUGUUAAUAUAUCAAAUAGCAUGAAAGAACGUUUUUCCGUUCUAUCACACACCUUUCCCUUUGCUUCAAAAUCCGAGCAAGUAGUUUUUUGUUUGGCUUCUAGGAAAUGAUUUUAGCAAAAUAACAUUUGGCCAGACUUGGAUUCAAAGAAUCCUGAUCACUGUCUGUGUUAGAUAACAACAAAAAAAUUGAGUAUGUACAAAAUAUCCCAUAACAUGAAAAUAUUUAAUGCAACUAUUGAAUUUUUAGUAAUCAUGAGAGAAAUGUUAUAUGUUGUAGUGUUCAAAAGUAUAUUGCAUGGGGCCAGGGAUUUAGCUCAGUGGUGCCGCUGCCUGCCCCACAGGUGCAAGGACCUGAGUUCAAUCCCUGGUACCAAAAAAAAAAAGUAUAUUGCAAAAGAUACUCUGUAAUUCCAGUUUGAAAAUUUCAACAUACAUAUAUGUAUUGGUUAAAAAUAUAGGCCAAGUUAAAUUCUGUGACUCAGUUUCUUCAACUGUGAGGAAGUAUCUUGUAGUUAAUCCAUGUAAAAACACUUGAAACCAUACUUCCUACAUGAUAACACAUGAUUAUUAACUAUUACAUACUCUUCCGCUGACAUGGGAUUACAGAUGACUUUUGUUUGGUUCUUUGUACUUUUUAUGUAUUCUGUAUUUCCUUUGGGGAACAGACAUUAAUACUGUAAUCAGAACAUAAUUAUUUUAAUGCUGAUUUCCAGCUCAUUAAAGAAGCUGCAACCUGUUACCUUCCAA